GGCAAAGGAUGAAUCACUCCACCCUGGGGUGGGCCGACCAUAAAUAAGGAGCCCCAGGCCAGGCUCCUCACCCUCCUCCUCCUCCUCCAGCAGCUCCCGGAGCGCCAGCUUCCUCAGCCCUGAAAUCAUGGCCCUAGGGCUCCUGUGGCUGGGCCUCACCCUGCUGGGGGCCCUGCAGACCCAGGCCCAGGACUCUGCCCAAAACCUGAUCCGGUCCCCACCUUUGCUCAGAAUCCCGCUGCAGCCCGACUUCCGGGAUGACCAGUUCCAGGGGAAGUGGUACGUUGUGGGCCUGGCUGGGAAUGCAAUCGGGAAAGAAAAGCAAGGCCAGGUUAAGAUGUACGCCACCACCUACGAGCUGAAAAACAACGGCAGCUACAACGUCACCUCCACCCUGCUCCGGGACGAAGGCUGUGACCACUGGAUCAGAACUUUUGUCCCAAGUUCCCUGCCUGGCCAGUUCUACCUGGGCGGCAUUAAACGUUAUCCUGGAGUGCAGAGCUACACCGUGCGAGUGGUGGCCACCAACUACAACCAGUAUGCCAUAGUGUUCUUCAAGAAGUUUUACAAAAACCAGGGUUACUUCAAGACCACUCUCUAUGGGAGGACCAAGGAGCUGCCCCCUGAACGGAGGGAGGAAUUCACCCGCUUUGCGAAAUCCAUUGGCCUCACCGAUGACCACAUCAUCUUCCCUAUCCCUAUCGACCAGUGCAUCGAUGAACAGUGAGCGUGCAGUGCCUCCUGUCUCUCUCUGCCCCCAUCGCCCUCAGGUCGGCCCCUGCCCAGGAUGCUGCCCAGCUGCCCCCACCAGCCCAGACACCAGUGAGAGACCCAGGAGACACUUUCCAUGGCGCAGCCCACCAGUUGCUCCCCAGGCCACCCUACUGAUGGCCCCUCCUUGCCUGCUAAAUAAACACAUGCCCACAGA